AUGAAGGUCCUCGUCUGUCCGUCCGGUUUCAAGGGAAGCGUGAGCCCUGAAACUGCCGCAGACUGUAUCGAAUCAGGCAUUGUGCAAGCCAUGCCUGAGGCUUCGGUCCGCAAAGUCCCUCUUGCCGACGGUGGAGAGGGUUUCGCCCACGCCUUGGUCGCUGCCACGGGUGGGACAAUCCAUAACCACGCCGCUAUCAGCCCUGUUGGAGAGCCAAUUCACUCGUUCUAUGGCAUCCUCGGGAACACCGCGGUGAAAACAGCCGUCGUCGAAAUGGCGGCCGUGGCUGGUCUGAGCUUGAUCCCGCCCAACCGUCGCAAUCCGUGCGUGACUACCACCUUCGGGGUCGGCCAGUUGAUCGCCGCCGCAAUUGACGACGGGGCCAAGCGCAUCAUCAUCGGAUGCGGCGACUCCGGGACCAGCGACGGCGGUGCCGGUAUGCUCCAAGCGCUCGGUGCCCGGUUUAUUGGUCGCGAUGGCCAAGUCCUUCCUGACGCAGCAGGCGGGCAGUCUCUCGUUUCACUUGCUGGAGUUGACUUUUCCAAAAUGCACCCAGGUUUGAAGGAUGUUGAGAUCGAGGCAGUUUGUAAUUGGAAGAAUGUCCUCUGCGGUCCUCUCGGGGUGGCACGAGUGUAUGGUCCGCAGAAAGGGGCGACUCCGGAGCAGACCGACCUUCUUUCAAUGGCGCUCGAUAAUUAUGCGGUGGUCAUCCAUCGCACUCUGGGGGUGGAUAUCUCGGAUGCACCGGGGAGCGGAGCGUCUGGCGGACUAGGGGCGGGACUGCUCCUCAUUGGCGCGAAGCUGCGUCCGCGGUAUGAGGCGUUGAUGGAGUACUUUCAUCUGGAGGACAUUUUCAACGACUGCGAUCUGAUCAUCACGGCCGAGGGAGCGAUCGACGAUCAGACGCCAAGGGGCAAGAUCCCCGCCGAGGUGGCCCUCCGCGCCAAGAAGCGUGGGAUCCCCGUCAUCGUCCUCGCAGGGACGAUUGGGCAGAACGCGCGGGUCAACCAUGAUGUCGGGAUUGAUGCUUUUGCGUCGAUCCUGCAGCGACCGUGCACGCUGGAAGAGGCGGUGGGCGAGACAGAGCGGCUGCUGACCGAGGCGGCCGAGAGUGCGAUGCGCAUGGUGGCCAUUGGAAUAGAAUGGAUUAGAUGGUAG